AUGGGUCGCUCUGAAGCAGAGUUUCCGCCUGCUGGGGCUUCCUGUGGAAACUCCCCGCAAAAGGUGCCGAGCGUGAGAAAGUCCCAGGAUGUGCCCAUCGCUUGCUUUGUGACAGAUGAUGAUGAGGACCACAAGCGCAGGCCCCUCAGGCGCCCUGACGCAGAGGGUCUCAAACGGGCGGCGAGGAGGGUUGCUCUCUACGACCCAGAGAAGGUCAAGGACACAAGGGCAGUUUUGAGAGACGAACUGACGGCUCUCAACGUGAAGCAGGGUUUCAACAACCAACCAGCUGUCUCUGGAGAUGAGCAUGGCAGUGCCAAAAACGUCAACUUCAACCCUGCCAAGAUCAGUUCCAAUUUCAGCAGCAUCAUUGCCGAAAAGCUGCGUUGCAACACACUGCCUGACACCGGCCGCCGGAAACCCCAAGUGAACCAGAAGGACAAUUUCUGGUUGGUGACGGCUCGCUCCCAGAGCGCUAUCAACAACUGGUUCAAUGAUCUGGCUGGGACCAAGCCCCUCACACACCUGGCUAAAAAGGUACCCAUUUUCAGCAAAAAGGAGGAGGUCUUCGGCUACCUGGCAAAGUAUACAGUGCCUGUCAUGAGAGCCGCCUGGCUGAUCAAAAUGACCUGUGCCUAUUAUGCUGCCAUCACAGAGACCAAGGUGAAGAAGCGGCACGUCAUCGACCCAUUCAGCGAGUGGACACAGAUCAUCACCAAGUUCCUCUGGGAGCAGCUGCAAAAAGUGGCCGACUUCCAUCGGCAGGUCUUAACCCAAACCUGCGGGUCCCCUUCCGCCCUCAUGCCCCAGGAGGUGGAGAACGCAGUGAAGCAGUGGGACUACAACGAGAAGCUGGCCAUGUUUAUGUUCCAGGACGGGAUGCUCGACCGGCACGAGUUCCUGACGUGGGUCCUCGAGUGCUUUGAGAAGAUCCGCCCGGGCGAGGACGAGCUCCUGAAGCUGCUCCUGCCCCUCCUCUUGCAGUAUUCGGGAGAGUUUGUGCAGUCUGCCUACCUGUCCAGGCGGCUGGCCUACUUCUGCACCCGCAGGCUCGCCAUGCUGCUGGACAGCACCGGGGGCCACUCGGCGCACCACCUGGCAGCCCAGGCCGCCCCUGCGCUCCCUUCCACACCCGCCCCGCAGCCAGCGGCAGGGAACUCGCCGCCCAGCCCCUUCAGCGACCUGCUGCAGUGUCCCCAGCAUCGCCCGGUGGUGUUUGGGCUCAGCUGCAUCCUCCAGAGUAUUGUCCUGUGCUGUCCCAGCGCCCUCGUCUGGCACUACUCCCUCACCGACAGCAGAAUCAAGACCGGCUCCCCUCUGGACCACCUGCCCAUCGCCCCCUCCAACCUUCCCAUGCCAGGGGUCAACACGGGCUUCAUGCAGCAGGUGCGAGCGAGGCUUCGGGAAAUUGAGCAGCAGAUCAAGGAGCGGGGCCAGGCAGUGGAGGUCCGUUGGUCUUUCGACAAAUGCCAGGAGGCCACUGCAGGAUUCACAAUCGGCCGGGUACUGCACACUCUGGAGGUCCUGGACAGUCACAGUUUUGAGAAAUCAGACUUUAGCAACUCUUUGGAUUCCCUGUACAACAGAAUAUUUGGGGCAGGACCAAGCAAAGACAGUCAUGAGAUCUCCCCUGAUGAUGAUGCCGUGGUGGCCCUGCUGUGCGAGUGGGCCGUCAGCCACAAGCGCUCUGGACGCCACCGUGCGAUGGUGGUGGCCAAGCUGCUGGAGAAGCGUCACUCUGAGAUCGAGGCAGAGAGAUGCGGGGACUCGGAAGUGGUGGACGAAAAGGGCUCCAUCUCCUCGGGCUCCCUCUCGGCUGUCAGCGCGCCCGUCUUUCAGGAGGUCCUCAUGCAGUUCCUGGACACCCAAGCUCCCAUGCUAACCGACCCCAGCAAUGAGAACGAGAAGGUGGAGUUUUUCAACCUGGUGCUGCUCUUCUGUGAACUGAUCCGCCAUGACGUCUUCUCCCACAACAUCUACAUGUGCACCCUGAUCUCGCGCGGUGACCUGGCCAUUGACCACGGGCCCCGGCCCGCCUCCCCCUUUGACGAUGCCGCCGAGGAGCACGACCGGAAGGAGGGGGAAGGCCACGGCGGCCUCAAGCUGGAGGACACGGGCUUGCCCGAAUGCCAGAUGGACAUAGAUCACAACUCCAGUGCCAUUUUUGAUGACAUGGAGAAGACAGAUUUCUCGAUGUUCUCUCCUUCCAUGCCCUGCGAGUCCAAAGCCAGCCCUUCUCCAGAAAAGCUGGACUCUGAGAAGGAAGGGAAGCCUCUGCUGAAAGAGCGGGUGGCCGACGGGAUGCUGGCCUCGCUCUACGACCAGCCCCGGCACAUCCAGUACGCGACACACUUCCCCAUCCCUCAGGAGGAAUCCAGCGGCCACGAGUGCAACCAGCGGCUCGUGGUCCUCUUUGGAGUCGGGAAGCAACGCGACGAGGCCCGGCACGCCAUCAAGAAGAUCACCAAAGACAUCUUGAAAGUGUUGAACCGGAAAAGCACAGCGGAGACAGGGGGAGAGGAAGGGCAGAAAAGGAAGAGGAACAAGCCGGAGGCUUUCCCGACCGCCGAAGACAUAUUUGCUAAGUUUCAGCACCUUUCCCACUUUGACCAGCAUCUCGUCACCUCUCAGGUAUCCCGUAACGUCUUGGAGCAGAUCACCAGCUUUGCCUUAGGGAUGUCCUACCACCUGCCUCUGGUGCAGCACGUCCAGUUCAUCUUUGACCUGAUGGAGUAUUCGCUCAACAUCAGCGGGCUCAUUGACUUCGCCAUCCAGCUGCUAAACGAGCUGAGUGUGGUGGAGGCAGAGCUGCUGCUGAAAUCCUCCGACCUGGUGGGCAGUUACACCACUAGCCUGUGCCUCUGCAUCGUGGCCGUGUUACGGCACUAUCAUUCCUGCCUUAUCCUCAACCAGGACCAGAUGGCCCAAGUCUUUGAAGGGCUGUGCGGGGUGGUGAAGCACGGCAUGAAUCGCUCCGAUGGCUCUUCAGCCGAGCGCUGCAUCUUGGCCUACCUCUAUGACCUGUACAUGUCUUGCAGCCACCUCAAGAGUAAAUUUGGGGAGCUCUUCAGCGACUUCUGCUCCAAGGUGAAGAACACCAUCUACUGCAACGUGGAACCGUCUGACUCCAACAUGCUGUGGGAGCCCUUGUUCAUGAUCGACACCAUUGAGAACCCAUCGGCCCACAGCUUCACCUACACCAACCUGGGCAAGAGCCUCACGGACAACCCGGCCAAUCGCUACAGCUUUGUGUGCAACGCCCUCAUGCACGUCUGCGUGGGGCACCACGACCCUGACCGGGUGAACGACAUCGCCAUCCUGUGCGCGGAGCUGACGGGCUACUGCAAGCUGCUGAGCGCCGAGUGGCUGGGCGUCCUGAAGGCCCUCUGCUGCUCCUCCAACAACGGGACGUGUGGCUUCAACGACCUCCUCUGCAACGUGGACGUGAGCGACUUGUCUUUCCACGACUCCCUGGCCACCUUUGUGGCCAUCCUCAUUGCCCGCCAGUGUCUCCUCCUCGAGGACUUGAUCCGCUGCGCUGCCAUUCCCUCGCUCCUUAACGCUGCCUGCAGCGAGCAGGACUCGGAGCCCGGAGCCCGCCUGACGUGCCGGAUUUUGCUGCACCUUUUUAAGACCCCGCAGCUGAACCCUUGCCAGCAGGACAGCAGCAAGCCGACGGUCGGCAUCCGCUCCUCCUGCGACCGGCACUUACUGGCUGCUUCCCAGAACCGGAUCGUGGAUGGCGCCGUCUUUGCCGUGCUGAAAGCCGUUUUUGUCUUGGGAGAUGCUGAGCUGAAGGGCUCCGGAUUUUCCCACUCGGGAGGCGUGGACGACCUCAUGGAAGAUGACAAGAAGCCUGCCAGCAGGAUGGUCUCCAUUGAGACGGCCAGCCUCGACGUUUAUGCCAAGUAUGUCCUCCGAAGCAUCUGCCAGCAGGAGUGGGUGGGCGAGCGGUGCCUGAAGUCCUUGUGCGAAGACAGCAACGACCUCCAGGAUCCGGUCCUGAGCAGCACCCAGGCCCAGAGGCUGAUGCAGCUCAUCUGCUACCCCCACCGGCUGCUUGACAGCGAGGAGGGCGAGAACCCCCAGCGGCAAAGGAUCAAGCGCAUUUUGCAGAAUCUGGACCAGUGGACCAUGCGCCAGUCGCUGCUGGAGCUGCAGCUCAUGAUCAAGCAGACGGCCAACAAUCAAGAAAUGAAUUCCCUGCUGGAGAACAUUGCCAAGGCCACCAUCGACGUUUUCCAGCAGUCGGCCGAGACCAACUCCGCCAGCAACGGCAUCGGCAGCCUGGGCAGCUCCACCAGCCUCGGGCCGGCCAGCACCAAAGCCAAGCCCAUUCUGAGCUCCCUGGAGAGGUCUGGCGUGUGGCUGGUGGCUCCUCUGAUCGCCAAGCUCCCCACGUCCGUGCAGGGCCACGUGUUGAAGGCGGCCGGGGACGAGCUGGAGAAGGGCCAGCACUUGGGCUCCUCCUCCCGCAAAGAGCGAGACCGCCAGAAGCAGAAGAGCAUGUCCCUCCUGAGCCAGCAGCCUUUCCUGUCGCUGGUGUUGACGUGUCUGAAAGGCCAAGACGAGCAGCGCGAGGGGCUUCUCACCUCCUUGUACAGCCAAGUCCAGCAGAUCGUGACGAACUGGCGAGAGGAUCAAUACCAGGAUGACUGCAAAGCCAAGCAGUUGAUGCACGAGGCGCUGAAGUUGCGGCUGAAUCUGGUGGGCGGCAUGUUUGACACGGUGCAACGCAGCACCCAGCAGACGACGGAAUGGGCCGUGCUUCUCCUGGACAUCAUCAGCAGUGGCACUGUGGACAUGCAGUCCAACAACGAGCUCUUCACCACCGUCCUGGACAUGCUCAGUGUGCUUAUCAAUGGCACCUUGGCUGCAGACAUGUCCAGCAUCUCCCAAGGCAGCAUGGAGGAGAACAAGCGGGCCUACAUGAACCUGGUCAAGAAGCUGCGCAAAGAGUUGGGGGACCGGCAGUCGGAGAGUCUGGAGAAGGUGCGGCAGCUGCUUCCCCUGGCCAAGCAGACCCGGGACGUGAUCACCUGCGAGCCUCAGGGCUCCCUCAUUGACACGAAAGGGAACAAGAUCGCCGGGUUUGACUCCAUUUUCAAGAAGGAGGGCCUGCAGGUCUCCACCAAGCAGAAGAUUUCCCCCUGGGACCUCUUUGAAGGCCUGAAGCACUCGGCCCCGCUCUCCUGGGGCUGGUUCGGGACGGUCCGGGUGGACCGCAAAGUGUCCCGCUUCGAGGAGCAGCAGAGGCUGCUGCUCUACCACACGCACCUGAAGCCCAAGCCCCACAACUACUACCUGGAGCCGCUCCCCUUGCCCCCCGAGGAGGAAGAGCCCCCCACCCCCGUCGCCCUGGAGCCGGAGAAGAAGUCGGCCGAGCCGGCCAAGGUGGAGAAGGCCAGCGGCAACCCCGCCAGCGCGGCGGCCGAGCCCAAGAAGAAGGCCAGCAAGAACAAGAAGCGGACGCAGCCCGCCAACAAGACCGAGGACUACAUGAUGAGCACGGGCCGCGGGGUCUCCUAUGGGGGCAGCAUGCCCACCGACCUCCUCCACCACCAGCCGGGCAACUCCAUGUCGCGCUUGGCCUAUGGGCAGUCGCCCGUGGGCCUCUAUGCCCAGAACCAGCCUCUGCCUGCAGGCGGCCCUCGACUGGACACCUCUUACCGGCCCCCACGUAUGCCGAUGAGCAAGCUGGUCCCAAGCCGGCCAGCCUACACGGGGGUCUUGCCGACGGGCAUGGGUGGCAUGAUGGGGCUUGACCCGUCCUACAAGUCCACCGUCUACCGGCAGCAGCAGCCCCCCGUCCCGCAAGGACAGCUUCUACGCCAGCAGCUGCAGGCCAAGCUGGGCCAGGGGAUGCUGGGGCAGCCGCCCAUGCGCCAGAUGGCCCCAGCCCCACCCUAUGGAGCGGUCCAGCCAGCGCAGGGCUACACGUCGUAUGUCUCCCACAUUGGUCUCCAGCAGCACCCUCCGCAGUCUGGCACCCUGGUCCCCCCCACCUACGCCGGCCAGAGCUAUCAGGCCACCCACCCCACCUCCAGCCCGGCUUUCAUCGACCCCGUCCGGCCGAUGCAGAGACCCAGCGGCUACGUGCACCAGCAGGCCCCCGGUUAUGCCCAUGCCCUGAGCACAGCACAGAGGUUCCCUCACCAGUCAAUGCAGCAAGCUCCCAUGAUGAGCGGGAUAAACCACAUGAGCGCGCAGGGGGUCCCCACGGGGAUCCGGCCCGGCCAGCUCCUUUCGUGGGGGCAGCAGCAGCAGCAACAACAACAACAACAGCAGCAGCAGCAACAGCAGCAGCAGCAGCAGCAGCAGUACCUGAGGCAGCAGCAGCAGUUGCUGAGGCAGCAGCAGCAGCAACAACAACAACAACAGCAGCAGCAGCAACAGCAGCAACAGCAGCAGCAGCAGCCACCCCCUCAGCCCCCCCAGCAGCAGCCCCCUCAGCCUCCACCCCAGCAGCCACUGCAGCAGCCCCCAGUGCCCAGCGUCCCCCAGCCUCAAGGGCCGGGCCAGCCUCCAGGGCUGGGAAUGCAGGCUUUGGCUCCACAGCAGCCCAUGUUCCAGCGCCAGGGCCUCCAGCAGACGCAGCAGCAGCAGCAGACGGCCGCCUUGGUCCGGCAGCUCCAGCAGCAGCUCUCCAAUACGCAGCCCCAACAGAACAGCGCUGCCUUUGGGCGGUAUUGAGAAGCAGCAAAGGAAGACAACCUGCACGGCGGAUCGGGGCGGUGGCGGCUGGUGCAGCCCCCCUGGCUGCCCUCCUCAGCAGCUCAGCUCCUGCCGGCUCUCUGCCAGAAGCAGCGGUUGCUGGAGCGGCGGCCACACCCCAGCAUCUGGGGCCGGGCGGAGGUGUCUCCUGCCGAGCGAGUGUUUUUAAUCUCCACUUUUUACCAGUGUUUCUGAAUCCUGUGUGAAUGGUAGAGUCUCCCUUCCCACUUUGAUUUCAGGUUUUAAUAAUACGUUUUUAGUAUUUUUGUUAAAAUAAUGACAAAGGAAAACAAAUUGUAAGAUUUUAUACUUUAUUUAUACCGGAUGAAACCCUGUAUCACAGAUGUCCUGAAAAAGAAAAAUACAGAGAGCAUACUUUCCAGAA